AUGGAUAACAAUUAUGAUUCUAUCAUUACCGGCUCCGGUAAGCUCCUUCUACAGCCACGCACCACUGACCAGGUUUCUGAGAUUCUUAAAUACUGUAACUUCAGAUGUCUGGCUGUUGUUCCCCAAGGUGGUAACACUGGUCUUGUAGGUGGAAGUGUACCUGUUUUUGAUGAAGUUGUUGUCAGCCUUAGUGCUAUGAGUAAAAUCAUAUCCUUCGACAAGGUCAGCGGUAUAUUGGUAUGUGAAGCAGGGUGCAUAUUGGAAAAUAUAAUAUCAUUCCUGGACAGUGAAGGAUUUAUUAUGCCACUAGACUUAGGUGCAAAAGGGAGUUGCCAGAUUGGUGGAAAUGUUUCAACUAAUGCUGGCGGGUUGCGUCUUCUUCAACAUGGAUCCCUUCAUGGAAAUGUACUUGGUAUUGAAGCUGUUCUAGCAGACGGUACUGUACUUGACAUGCUUAAGACAUUACGCAAAGAUAAUACUGGAUAUGAUUUGAAACAUCUAUUUAUAGGAAGUGAAGGUUCCUUGGGAAUUGUUACUAAGGUUUCGAUACUUACCCCACCAAAAUUAUCUUCAGUAAAUGUGGUUUUUCUUGCUUGCAAGGAUUAUAGCAGUUGCCAGAAACUGCUACAGGAAGCAAGGAGGAAAUUUGGGGAGAUUUUGUCAGCAUUUGAAUUCUUAGAUAACAAUGCUAUGAAUUUGGAGAGCAGAUGUGACAUUGUUUGGGCCUUAGUGCCAAAUGUAAAGUGGGGACGCCCACACACUGAGAACUGUUUUCCAGAUGUACGCUUAUUGAUUUGGAAAGUCACACCGAUGCGGCCUAACCGUACGACUUAUAAGCACACUGAUGCAUCUGGAAAGCCAUAUCUGGGACUUGUGCCCGGGUAAUGUCGGGAGCGGGUAAAUUCUGGCUGAAAUUGAGGGAUUUGAACAAAACUCUGAAAAAGGCUGACAAAAGGACUGCUGAUGCUGUUGGAAUCUGACCUCCCUGCACUCGAAAUGGAUUUUCUGGAGCUACAGAACUUCAAUUGGCGCGCUCUCAACGGCGUUGGAAACUAGACAUCCAGGACUUUCCAGCAAUAUAUAAUAGUCCAUACUUUAUUCGGAAAUUGACGACGUAACUUGGCGUUGAACGCCAAGUUCAUGCUGCUGUCUGGAGUUAAACGCCAGAAAAACGUCAUGAUCCGGAGUUGAACGCCCAAAACACGUCAUAACUCGGAGUUCAACUCCAAGAGAAGCCUCAGCUCGUGGAUUGAUCAAGCUCAGCCCAAGCAUACACCAAGUGGGCCCUGGAAGUGGAUUUAUGCAUCAAUUACUUACUCAUGUAAACCCUAGGAGCUAGUUUAUUAUAAAUAGGAUGAUUUACUAAUGUAUUAGACAUCUUUGGUCUCAGUUUUGUUUUAUUCUUCAUCCUAAGAGGUCUUUGAUCAUUCGGUCUUGUGACCACAUGGGGGCUGGCCAUUCGGCCAUGCCUGAACCUUUCACUUAUGUAUUUUCAACAGUGGAGUUUCUGCACACCAUAGAUUAAGGGUGUGGAGUUCUGCUGUACCUCAAGUAUUAAUGCAGUUCUAUUUUCUUUUAUUCAAA